AUGGGUGCUUCGUACAGGAAAGGAUCGGGAUACCUGGUGAACUGGUGGCUGCCGGCUGUCUGGCAGAAAGACAUCAUCGAGAGGACGAAGGUGAUGGAAUGCAAGAGCGAGGCCAUUGGACGAAUGGUGUGGCACUUCGUGCAUCAUCGUCCUUUCCUGAGUUAG